AUAAUGGUAUGAUUAAAUAAUUAGAUUAUAAUUGACAUUAUAGCUUUGUUUCAGCUAAAGUUAUAAGUUGUUGGAAGCUCGUCAGAUGCAAUCUCACAUGUCAUAUGAUGCAGUGAUGUUCAAAUGUGCGGCAUUAUUUGACAGGUGUAAUUACCAUAGGUUAUGUUUUUUACACAAACGUCAACAAAAAUAACGUUUCUCACAGCUUUUUAAAGAUUUUUCCAUGGAUUCUUUUUAUGAUCAACCCAGAAUUGUACCAAAACCAACUAAUAUCAAAAAGUUAACCACGCCGAUUAUUCCCGAAGUUUCCCUUUUACAACCUCCAUUAGCCAAUACAGAACGAAUUUUUCGCCCCCAACCGCCCCCGUUGUCUUCGUACACCGCGUGGACAUCGCGAAAUCGUAUUGAUAAAGAAAAUUUUAGUCCUUAUAAAGAGAAACACGUCCGAUUUGAAAGUCCAAGAGAUGGGUUCACUGCUGGAGUUAAAACUAAGACUUUAGAAGAAUUAUACAGGUCUAAUUUACCAAAUAGAAAUUUAGAUUUAAGUGUUAUUGAAACUGUGCCGAAUAAAAAAGAGAAUUGUUAUGAUAUUUUUAAUUAUAAACAAUCAGAUGGUUUUUUACAAGGACUAAAAUGCAAUGAUGAGUUUGAUGAAAAAGCACAAAAAUCUUAUGGGGAUUAUAAAAGAUUUCAAACCUACAAAGAAAAUAGAUUUAAUUAUUAUGACGAUCCUUUAAAUAGUAAAGAAUUAGUUCAAAAAACAGAAAAAGUAGAAAAAAGUGAUAAAGAUGAUGAACCAACAACCAGAGAUUUAUUAAAAGUUAUUCAACAACAAAAUGAACAAAUACUUCUUUUACAAAAACAAGUAGCUUGUUUGCUUGAAUCAAAUCAAAAUCGAAAACAAAUCGAACCACCCCCAAUAAACACAAAUGAUGAUGAUUUAUACAAAAAGCCCAAAAAAGGACCUGUUUCCAAGAUUGCAAUUGAUGUUAUGACGAGUUUUGAGGUCUCAUUUCGCCCACAAAAUCAAAAUCAACCCAGAAAUAAAUUGCGAGAGAUUGAGGAUAGUUUAAAAAUUGAAGAAAUAAUUGAUGAAGGACCAAAAAACAUUUUGGAUGGAAUUAAAAAGAUAGAUAAGAAUAAAUUUGACAUGGGGGAAGAUGAUGAGGAGGUUUCGUUGUGUUUACGAGAGCCUUUAAAGGUGGUGGAACGGUGUCCUAGUCCUGAGCAAAGUGUUCAUGUGGAAAUGCAAGAUUAUAGUUCAGAUGAAGAAGACGCUGAAAGUGAUUUAGGUUGGACGUUGUACAAUAAUAUAAUGGGACAAGUUAAUAAUAUAUUUAAAAACGCUGAAACUAACCCAAAAGAACUUCCCCAAUCUAAUAAAGGUGUUAAAGAAAUUAAAGAUAAAACUUUGAGAAGAGUUAAAGAAGCUACAAUGAAACAUUUAAAAAAUAUUGGAGUUAAUCUUCCUUUAAUCGAUGAAAAAGAUGUUUCAAAGAACACAACAACUAGUGACGAUUUUAGUGAAUCUGAUGUAAGUUUUGCUGUAAAACAACUAUUAAUGAAAUAUUUACCUGAUGAACAAUUAGCAAAAUUAAGUAAUAAUAAAAAACAAGCAGAUUUAGCUGAAAAUACGAUUAAAAGAAGACCAGAAUUUUCAUUUGCAACGAUUCAAUACAUGAAAAAGUACAACUUAUUAGCUUCAUCAGGUGAAGUUUUAGAUGGAAAUCCACAAAAUCUUCGACAACCGUCUUCAAAAGACGCGAAAAAUCAAAAAAUCUUAGAUGUAACUGCAUUAAAACAACAACCGAAACUGUUAUGAGACGAUUUUUUAUAUAUUUUUAAUAAUUCUACUAUUAAUUCUAUCUUUUCAAUAAUUUAAUUUUCU